AGGAACGUUGUCGCUUCGCUCAGGGUGGCACCAGUAGGCGAUGGACAUCACGGAAGGGACUUCUACAAAUUCUUCCUCACUACUUAUCCCGAACACCGCCGAUUCUACAAAGGAGCUGAGAAUAUUAGCGGUGACGAAAUUAUGAGAAGCGAGAGAUUCGAUAAGCUUGGAGAUGCCAUCCUUCUGUUUGUUCAUGUUUUGAGCAACAUUUAUGAUAAUGAACCCGUGUUCCGCGCUUUCAGCCGCAGAGUUAUGCUCGAACAUUUUGAGAGGAACGUUGAUCCUGCCCUGUGGAACAUUUUCUUCUCCAAUUUCUGGCAGGGAUAUCUACAGAGCAAAGGAGCCAAUUUGACUGCUGAUCAGAAGGAAGCCUGGAACACUUUGGGUACAAUGUUCAGCCAAGAAAGUCAGGCAUACCUGACUAAAAUGGGCCGUCCUCAUGCUUAG